AUGUUUAGUACAUUCGGGGAACUCUGCCGCGGAACAAGCUCUGAUCGACUUCGCGUAAUUGCUCGCUGCCAAAAGCCUCCUGCAGUAAAAACAACUCCAAAAGACAGCUACUGCCUUGUUUCAUGCGACGACAAUGGACAAUCUGGCUCUCUAACUUCAUCUACAGAAGUUGUCGCAAAAGUUGUGCUCAAAGAAGACUUCUUCCCCGAAGUAGAAGCUCCUACCCGUCCGAUUGGCAACUUACUUGGUGGAGGUGCAGCUGAUGUUGAUCCAAUGAAGACCUCUGGAUCAUGGGCUGGCGUUAAGCAUCUUGAAUCGAGACCCGAUUCAUUAGAGAUCGUUGGCCCUAGUGGAGAUGCUUCCGCGGUUCUUGCCGAUGAUCUGGCGAAUCUUGAAAUUAACAAAGAGUCGUACUUCCAUGAAACGCCCACAACAUUCAAUUAUGACGAGUUCACAGCUUUCAACCUGCUCAUUUACAAGCUUUUUGGCGACGUUUCAAGCAACGGGACGGGACAGACGGAGCGGACAGAAUUGGCACAUGCAAUCUCGCUAAUGACAGAACUUGGUGAAGCAAAGCGAAAACAUCAUGCUUCGAUCGAAAAGAAGGAUGAACAGGGAAGCAAGGAAGACGAAAGUAAGGAAGGAAAUCAAGAUUCUGAUGAGGCGGAAAUUAUUGAUCAUUCUGAUUGCUCGGAAAACAAAGAAUGGACCCUGAAGUACUCGCAAAUGGAGGCCAUUCUGUUUCAAGAAGAUCACAUCCGCGAAUUUUUCGAAAAACAGACAGACAUUCGAAUUGAGGCAGAAAAAACGUUGCGCGCUAUCAUUCACCAAAAAUAA